AUGCAUAUCACCAACGAUCCUCUUAUUUCCCCCUCUGCUUCAAACCCAGCACUCAUUUCUAGCAAUGUCGACGAGGCAACCUCCCUCCUUGAAAAGCCAAACGAGCCCCUCUGGUAUCUUGCAUAUGGUUCAAACCUUUACUCCGCCGUUUUCAAGGCAAGACGCAAAAUCACGCCCCUCGAAGAACGUCAUGUGCUCGUCGAAGGUCUUGAGCUGACAUUUGAUCUGCCUGGUAUCCCUUAUCUCGAACCGCGAUUUGCAAAUUGUCGUUUCUCUUCGGAGUCAGAACAUGAGAAGAACAAACGGGAUUUGAAUGGACCUUGGACAGGCAAAGGUGCGUUGAUUGGUGUGGCGUAUCUCGUGACACCAGAAGAUUUCGCUCGUGUCAUUGCAACCGAAGGUGGAGGUGCUGGGUACAAGAUGGUUUCUGUCAAGGCACAAGUUUUUAGGCGUACGGGGAAAACGACAUCUUCUGAUUCAGACGUUGGACUGACUGGCGAGACGGUGCAUGCCUUCACGCUCCUCGCAUUGGUUGAAAGAACCAGGCAAUGCCCAGGACAGCCAUCCCCACGUUAUCUCACACUCAUCAGGAAGGGUGCAGAAGAGCAUUCACUUCCUCCUAGAUAUCGUGAAUACCUCUCAUCAUUUACACCUUACUCUCCUACCACACUUCGCCAAAAAGUAGGCCGAGCAGUCUCGCUUGCAACGUGGGUUCCGCCAAUGCUUGCCUUUCUUCUCCUCGGCCAGGUCUUUACGCAGAAAGAUGGAAGCCACCCCCAGUGGCUAAUCAAUGCAAGGCUGCGAAUAUUUAAGAGCGUAUGGACCACUUACGAUGGAAUCAUGCAAAAGCUUUUUGGGGAUGGAGAGCAGACUGUAGCACUGGAAAGCAGUGAUUCUGUACCGAGCCAACAAAAGUAGAGUUAUCCGUCUGGAAGGAGUAAUAAUCAAGUAGACACCUGCAGGACUGUUUGUGCCCGUAAUAGUUGUACUCAAUUCAUUGCCUUGCGCAAGUGCCCGGCACAU